AUGACCAUCAGAAGCAAAGGUCAAACCGUACUAUAUAACCUUAGCAACACACUGGAUGGUAAAGUUGGUAUCCCUGCCUCUCCCGUUGGCACGCCUGAGGAUGGUAAACAAGAGCCAUUUGGGAGAAAAAGAGAUUUUGAAUUGCUGUUAAUACUUAGUUCCUUCAAAAUGUCACGAGAUAUUGAGGAUAUCCAGGAAUGUCCUGCUGAUAUGAGGGAAGCAGGGAAAGCCAGUGUCUGCCAGGGAUGCCCAGGGCAGGAGCUUUGUUUGUCUGAAGCUAGUCAGGCUGAUCCAGACCAACAGCUGAUUGAUACAAGACUAAAAGCGAUAAAACACAAGAUUUUGGUUAUGUCUGGAAAAGGUGGUGUAGGGAAAUCAAGCAUAGCUGUCAUGUUGGCACAGAUCCUAUCACAUGAUGGCAGAAAGGUAGGGCUUCUUGACGUGGACAUUUGUGGUCCAAGUGUUCCCUCCCUCUUGAAGAUCGAAGCCCAAUCAGUGACAGACUCGCAGUGGGGAUGGAAACCUAUUGUGUCUCCUCAAGGCAACAUUAAGACCCUCUCAGUAGGAUCGCUCCUGAGCUCGGGAUCUCAGGCAGUGGUGUGGAGAGGACCUCGCAAAACAGCUUUGAUUAGGCGUAUGAUUAAGGACACUCUGUGGGGACGGUUGGAUGACUUGGUAAUCGACACUCCCCCUGGCACCAGUGAUGAACACCUGACCAUCAUCAAACUGUUGGCCAGCACCAAGCCUGAUGGGGCAGUUAUCAUUACAGCACCACAAAAGUUGUCAGCAGGUGUGGUAAGCAGAGAGAUUCGAUUCUGCCAGAAAAUGGGAGUACCAAUCUUAGGCAUCAUAGAAAAUCUCUCAGGAUUUUGCUGCCCCUGUUGCUCUGAGGUGAGCCAGGUAUUUUCAUCAGGUGCAGGAAAAUACCUUGCGGAAAAAUACGACAUACCCUUCCUCGGCUCUCUGCCAAUCGACCCUCGUCUGUCAUCAGUGCAACAAAGGGGAAUAUCCAUGAAAGAGGAACACCCCUGACUCUGGUUUCUCGGAAGCCAUGAGCCACAUUGUAAGGAGGAUCCUGGAGGCUGUUGAAAAGUAGAAAAAUGAGAUGUAGGAAAUUUUAAACUUUUAUUGCUUUUGAGAGACUAAGAGCUAUGGUGUAUGCACAAUUGCAAAACAGGAAUUUGUAUAUAUAUUUUUUUUAAUGCAGAAAGUAAAUGUAUAUUGAUGUAUAAUUGCAAUAUAGUAAAAAUUCAUCUCAGGGUAUGGAACUAGAAUGGGACAUUCCAAGUGAAACAUGUCCUCUGUUUUUAUGUGUAUUUGAGUAAGGAUAAUGUGGUGAUGUUGUUUUGUGAAAAAUAUAUUUUGUUACUGUUAUUCUGUUCUAAAUAAAAGGUUAUCAAGAAAA